AUGCGGAACCCCACACCCCCCGCAUAUGUAAGUAUGCCAGCAGCACGAGAGGCGAAGAACGUUCGAGCCGCCCUUAUUCGAGGAUCUAAGUCUGUCGAGUGCCAGUGGUGGCUCCGUGAUGACGCUACUCAUCACCACUUGAAGAGGGUCUAUGUGAACCCGGUCGCUGCGCGAGACUCACGCCUGGAGACCGUUGCCUCCGACUCGAAUCCAAAUUCUGGCAGUUCUUUGAUCAUUGUUGAAGAUCGAAGUAGCUUCUCGCAUAGGGAACAGACUGUCUUGACCGAGGAGAAGUCAACCCUUCUGGAGGAAGCCUUCAACUAUCUCUUCUCAGCAGCAUGCUCCGAAACAGCUACAACUGCUAAUGCGGGCAAGUCUCGUGAUCAAGCCCUCGCCUUACCUUCCUGUGUGUUUCUUCUUGCCGAAAAUGGAGGUUUUGCCGUCCGUUCCGACUUUCUGGUGUAUCGACUGCUGGGAUGUUCGCAAGUGGCGUCGUCAUUCAGCUUUCUUUCUACAUCCACCAGAAUCCUUCCCUUCACAGGAUUCAUCGACACGUGGAAAGAUGUUACUAGAGCACUGGAAAUCGCAGCUGGCGUCGUCUUGCUAAGGUCUCAGACUCUGGUGGCCUCCGGACUUCGCACGCCGGCAUGUGAAAUCCCCAGUCUCGAAGAGUGCAUGUCAUCAUUUGAACGGCAGCUGGAACAGCGACUAUCCUUCCCAUGGCUUCAGCCAACUGCUAUUCGGCAAUAUCGAGUCUGCCUUGUUAUUCGCCCCCAGAUUGUCCAAAGUUGGCUAUCAAGGUGGCAGGCUGCGGCAGCCCUCGGGGUUAAGCUCGUGAUUAUCACAAGCGGCGACUGGUGGGCAGACGGUCUGGUGGAUACUUCACUUCAAUAUCUCAGAGAAGCUCUUGUCCUGAUCGAUAUGAGUACGAAUAACGACGAAAAUGGUUGCCUUCUUGGGGCGCGUAUUGCUCAAGCUGCCAGAACAUACCCAGAACCUAUCGAUGGUAUAUUCACCUCCUCCGACGAUUACCUUGUCAGUGUGGCACACGCAGCCGAGGCGCUGGGUCUCUACACUGCAGGUGUGAAAGCUUUCACUGUUUCCACGGACAAAUUCUACACUCGUAUGUUUAGCGGUCAGGAUAUUGGCAGUACCUUCGCCGUCAAGUCCGUCGGCGAACUGGAUAGUCAAAUCGGGACAGCGGGAGACAUGGACGGGAAGCUGCAAUACCCUGUUGUCUGCAAGCCGUCCAUAGGCCGAGGGUCUGAAGGCGUAUUCAGAGCCGAUAAUCCAGAUGAGCUCCAGGACGCAGUCAAGCGCAUCUUGGCCAUCCGGGAUUGCCCCAAUGGUGUAGUAGUCGAAGACUAUGUCGAAGGGCCGGAAGUCGAUGCAAACCUGGUGCUGCGCGAUGGUCGUCUCCUCUUCGCCGAGGUGGUCGACGACUUCCCUUGCACGGCAGAUACGUCGUCCAGCUCUCAAGGAGGCACCUUCAAUGAGACGCAGACCCACACCCCGUCUGGCCUGCCGAACAACGAACAGGCCUCAGUGAUCGAAGCAAUGAAGCAGGCCGUUUUGCUUCAAGGCUUCAGAUCGGGGGUUUUCCACUGCGAAGCAAGAGUGCGGAACUCCAGCAUGGACUACGUCGUGGACCCGAGGGUGCCAUUUCCGGUGCUCCAAAUGCUCAAAACAAGUACCAAGACCAACAAGAAUGAGCCUUCGAUAUUUUUGCACGAGAUCAAUGCCAGGGCCCCCGGAAUGGGCAGCUCAACCGCCAGUCUGUUCUCCUCCGGUGUCGAUUACUGGGCCCUUCAGGUUCUUUGUGCGCUUCGCGACUGGGGUAGGUUCGAGGCACUUUCCAUCCCGUUCAAGAACUCCCCAACCAAUUUCGUCUCGCUCGCCAAUGUAGCUGUCGACGUGAGUUUAGCGCAAAUGCGCGCACUCGACAUCCCUGGAUUUGCCUCCACUACAGGAAGCGAAGAGGGGCCCAAGCCCAACACCCGGAUAGCGAUCGAUGGAGACGCAUACCCAACUGGUGAAUUACGGCGCAGCUGCCCCGAAAUCAUGCAGCAUGUGCCAUAUCACGUCACCAUAGCAAGGCCCAGCGAUUGGUACGCAGGACAAAAGGGUAGCUGGCGAUGGUUCACGACCGGGGUGGUCGUUUCGCCGCUGAGCAGAGAGCACGCCUUGACGAUGGUGGACAACUUUACUCGAAGCUAUGAGGAGCUUCUGCACGAAGCGCCCAAGGGAUCAGCGACACAUUUGCGACCUUGA